AUGCUCAGUUUAGUGUGCAUUGCUACAGAGUUUUUUUUUUUUUCAUGGGAGAGUGCAUGUGAUCAGCACAGGGCCAAUCAGCACUGUCCAGACAGAGGACAGGGGUUCUGCAUCCUCUUAGAGCAGAAAGAAAACUCCUCCUACAAGCUUUAAUCAGUGCUCUGCUCAACACUGGUAGAAGCCACAAGACUGCUCUAACUGUAGAUGAUAAAAAGGAUUUAGCAUUUUCUAUAUGAUAAAAAGGAUUUCGCAUUUUCUAUGUUUUGUGUACUGUGGGAGACCAAAUAUAAUGAAUGCAGGGUUCUGGG